AUGGUUCAUACAGUGCAGGGACCUUGGAUAGCCUUGGGUGAUUUCAACUCUAUAAUAGACACGAAUGACAGAAUAGGAGGGGUACCAGUUCAAGAUGUCGAAACUAGAGAAUUUAGAAAGUUCCAGUUAGACUCUGGUUUGGUCGAAUUAAAAAGUGUGGGCAGAAGAUAUACUUGGACAAAAUCACAUGUGUUCAGCAAGAUCGACUGGGCCUUUGUCAACUCAGAUUGGAUGCAGAGUCUACCACACAUAGAAGCUAUAAUUAUGGAUCCGGGAUGUUCAAAUCACUCUCCCAUUGCAAUUAACUUUGAAGAUGCUCCGGAUAGGGGUCACAGACCUUUCAGAUUCCUCAAUUGCCUGGCUAAUCAUCCUAGUUUCUUGCAGCUUGUAAAAGAAACAUGGAUGAUGCAGGAUCAUAACCAAUCCAUGUACAAUGUAUGGGCACGACUGAAGGCUAUCAAGCAGGCAAUGAAGCAGCUGAAUAAAAAAGAGUUAUGUGGCAUUGAGCAUAAAAUUACUAUUAACAGAAGUCAGCUUAAUGAAUUGCAGUCAAGAAUGAGGGAUCCAAAUCAAACAACUGAUCAAUUUGAACAGGAAAAAUCUUUACAGAUUCAGUUGGAAAAAUGGUCAUUGAUUGAGGAAGUCAUAGCUAGACAAAAGUAUAGGAUACAAUGGUUCAAAGCAGAGAACGCAAGCACCAAAUUUUUCUAUGGAA